CAAAGCCACCCGAAAAGGCAUAAGAGGGAGAAAAAACAUGAUCUUCGAACUUUACUGAAAGACAGGUAAGAGGUAUAAUUACAGGGCCGUCGUCACGUUAUUCGAUCUAUUGUUCACACUAACGCACAGUAUUCUACACUCUUGAGAGUUCCGAGCAAUAACCUGACCGCGUCAAGCAAGAUGAUCUUCUGCAGUGGCUAUCUUGUGGGGAGUCUUCUCGUGUUGAGUAGUGUAGUUAGUGCCUGCUCUCGGGUCACGUACCAUGCAAAAGUUGACGAGCGCAUCACGAUCGGCCGCUCGAUGGAUUUUGUGGCCUCAACUAAUGCAAGUAUCUACAUCUUCCCCGCAGGCAUUGAGCGCAAUGGUUCCGUUGAAGUCAAUCCCCUUCAAUGGACGUCGAAGUACGGCAGUAUGGUGGCCACAAUGUACGACAAAGUCACCAUCGACGGCAUCAACGCCGCAGGUUUGACCGGCAGCAUCCUCUACCUCGGAUCCAGCGACUACGGAACGCGCAAUACCUCACGUCCAGGGCUGGCUAUCGGCGUCUGGCUUCAGUACUACCUCGACAUGUACGACACAGUCGCAGGAGUGGUCGCGGACCUCAACUCGACGAACUUGCAAGUCGUGACUGCGGCACUGGUCCCUGGGGUCUCAUCCGUCGGCCAUAUCGCCCUGACGGACAAGUCGGGAGACAACCUUAUCAUCGAGUAUCUGAACGGGCAGCUAGUGAUACACCACGGCGAACAGUAUCAGGUCAUGACGAAUGAUCCUACCUUUGACGAGCAGCUUGCCAUAUGGGAAUACUGGAAACCCAUGUCGAACUAUUCACUACCCGGUACAGGGACUCCAGCAGAUCGCUUUGUGCGACUGUCCUACUACAACACGAUAACGGCCGAUGCUCCGGGUUUAAUGUCUUCGGUCGCAACCACGGCUGCAAUGAUUCGAGCAGUUAGCGUUCCUUUUGUCCCCGAAAGUGAAAUCAACACCGGUCUUGACUUGUGGCCGACCCUUUGGAGAUGUUAUUAUGAUCUCAAAGACAUGGUCUUCUUCUACGAGAGCUCCGUUACGCCUAUUGCUAUCUUCAUGUAUCUGGAAGACUAUGACCUGAGCAAGAAUGGAACCGUGAAACGUUUGGCCCUUGCCGAUACAGAUUGGCAGGGUCUAUACGGGGACAUGAAAGGCAAUUUCACUGAUGCGAAGAUUUUCCAGCCAAUUUGAAUAAGUUUUAACGAUUGAGGAAACAAUAGAUUUGCAAUUCUUUAGCCUCGCUCGGUAGCAAGCGAGCCAGCUACCAAACAGUUACAUUCGGGAGUGCGGUGGACUAUCGAGAAGCAGAAUAGAGUGUUCCUAACGGGGGUGACGAUUCCGCGAUUGCACUCAACAAGUCGAGAAGUCGCUAAUUUAAGUUAUAAGAGGAAUAUCCUUAGCUUAGACCUAUCUCCGGUGAAGUACGGAGUACUUAAUCUUAAUAUCGCUGUAAGAGG